GCCCGUUUCCUAUUGGCUGAGAAUGAGCGCCAAGAGUCAAAUAUAAAAGAGUAUCUCUGGCGUCCAGGCUUCAUUUUCUUCGCUUCAGCUGGACUCUGGACCUUCAAGCUCAUACUUUUCUUAUUUAUUUGCAUCUGGCUUUGUUUUAGAAGUUAUUUUAUUUUAAACUUUUUACCUCAUUUUCUGUUUUGCCUAACGCUCUAAGCUUCACAAUGAUGUCAACUCGCUCUCCACUGAAGGCAAAGAAUGAAAACGCAGUUUCUGCAAAAAUGAAUAACAUGACCUUGAUGGACAAAGAGAACACGCCACCUAGUCUGAGCUCCACCAGAAUUCUGGCGUCCAAAACGGCGCGCAAAAUCUUUGAUUCAGAGGAUCAGACAAAAGCCAGGAAAGGAAAUGUGGAGGAAGAGCCCCUUCUAAAGGACAACCCCCAUCGCUUUGUCAUCUUCCCAAUUCAGUACCAUGACAUCUGGCAGAUGUACAAGAAAGCAGAGGCCUCCUUCUGGACUGCUGAGGAGGUUGACCUGUCCAAAGAUCUUCAGCACUGGGAUUCCCUGAAAGACGAGGAGAGAUAUUUCAUCUCUCACGUUCUGGCUUUCUUUGCUGCAAGCGACGGCAUUGUCAACGAGAACUUGGUGGAGCGAUUUACUCAGGAAGUCCAAGUGACCGAAGCCCGUUGCUUCUACGGUUUCCAGAUUGCAAUGGAAAACAUCCACUCUGAAAUGUACAGUCUGUUGAUCAAUACCUACAUCAAAGAUCCCAAAGAGAGAGAAUUUCUGUUCAAUGCUAUUGAGACGAUGCCAUGUGUAAAGAAGAAGGCUGACUGGGCACUUAACUGGAUUGGUGACAAAAAUGCACAAUACGGGGAGAGAGUGGUGGCUUUUGCUGCAGUGGAAGGAAUCUUCUUUUCUGGGUCUUUUGCUUCUAUUUUCUGGCUAAAGAAGAGAGGACUCAUGCCUGGACUCACCUUCUCCAAUGAACUCAUCAGCAGAGAUGAGGGUCUUCAUUGCGACUUCGCCUGCCUCAUGUUCAAGCACUUGAUCAACAAACCAUCAGAAGCUAUAGUAAAGAAAAUCAUCAUGAAUGCAGUUGAAAUUGAACAGGAGUUCCUGACUGAUGCUCUGCCAGUAAAGCUUAUUGGCAUGAACUGUGACCUAAUGAAACAAUACAUUGAGUUUGUGGCUGACAGACUACUGCUGGAGUUGGGAUUUGACAAGGUCUAUAAAGUGGAAAACCCUUUUGACUUCAUGGAGAACAUUUCCUUGGAGGGCAAGACCAACUUCUUUGAGAAGCGAGUUGGCGAGUACCAGCGGAUGGGAGUCAUGUCUGGAACUACAGAUAACACUUUCAGACUGGAUGCUGAUUUUUAAAGACUCAAUCGUAGUGCCUGAAUGGACGCUUGUAAGCUAUGGACCCUUUGGACUCUAAAGAGAUUCAACCUCACUUAUUCUACAGUGUUUACAUUAUUUUUUUUUUCCCUUGAACUUUAGUUUUAAUGAUAUGAUACUGAAAUGGCUUUUUAUUUUUGUUGUUUUAAAUAAUAAUAAAAAGGACAGAUCUACUUUA